GGCAGGAGGAAUUUUCGUUAAAAUCGAACUUUAAUUAUUAUUGCUAAUAAACCUUCUUCUUGUGAGAGCUUUGAAUAUGAGCCAUCUUAAACGAAUGUCACAAAUAUAAGCGGCUCUUUUUACGGCAAAAAACAGUCGGUGACAUUAAAGAUAAGUGUACUAACUGUUUAUAUGAUUACGCGUCCCGUUGGUUGCUUGCGAUGAUUUUACGAUCUCUGUACCUUAUGUAUCGUAAAAUGGAUAACUGUAACGUAGAAAAGCAUCACAUCUGUUAUCUUUUAAUGACACAUAAUGUAAAUAUACGUACAGAAAACAAAUAAUUAGUGAUAAAUAAUGUGCACUUGUUACGUACUACCUACAAGCCGGGGUAAUGUUCUUUUAAACUGACACUAAGGAUCUUUUUUUUUGAAGUUGUUUAUAUUCCAAUUUAUGUUACAAAAGCUUAACUUGCGCACAAUAAGGCAGAAAGUUGCCCUACAGAUAACGGUCUUCUUAAGUGAAAAGGGUGGCAAAACAUAUGGCCCGUCUGAUUGUAGUCGGCCGUCAAAGCCAAAGUAUCUCUUGCGCCUUGCCUACUCUAACGUCAUCCUCUACCUCGUGGAGCCCGAAUCUUACUCCCUAGCUAGUCCAUAGGAAAGGCCUGUGCUCCAGCAGUAGUGAAAUUAUUAGGCUGAUGAUGAAAUAUGUCAAAAUACGACGUAAGUCAACAGCUCAGCUUAGUAAUGAUCAUGCUGAUCUUUAUCUCAACACAAUCACAACAAUUAUGAUAAUUAAAGGACAUCGACGAAAUCGGCCCUAGCAUGCCCAAAAGAAUGUCCUUCACUAUUAUUUUUCUAUAUUUUUUUUUAACUUAUUAGCAAUAAACUAGCAAACCAGUGAACCAAAUGUUCACCAAAAACUGAUUUAAAAAGAAAAAAAAAAGUAUUUAAUUAAUUGAGAACUUCGGAUAUUUUGUGUGGUUUCGUUUGAAAUUCGUGAUUUCUCGAAAACCGGAAGUGCUACGUUACUCAAAUUCGGUUUGUAGUCUUAUCAGACUAUUCUUAACUUAUAACUUAAAUAUUCUCUUUAUCUAUCUCUUACGGUUUGGUCGCUGAAACAGCACCACAGACAGACGGACGGACGGACUUGUCUAAUAGAUAAGAGAUCAUAGUAAACGGAUAAUCUGUUUAAAAAAAUAAAAAAUAAAAGUUCUGUUACUAGAUACUACAGUCUGUUCAUCUAACUUUUCCUAUUUGGUAAAUAAUCUUGGCACUCCUUUUUUGAAAAUACAGCAUUAAAAAUCAACUGACAACUGGAUUCAAUAGGUUUCAGUCUAUAAUAACGAUUUAUUUUAAUAGUUUAUUGGCUUCGUUAAUUUUUUAUUAUUAAAUGGGUGAUUCUGUUAAAAAGUUGUGCCAAGAUUGUUUACCUUAAUAAAUGCAAUAUAAGCGACCAUAGGUAUUUAUCAACAUAAAAAUAGAACUAGGUACCUUAGUGAAUAAUAUUUAUUACUAGUAUUUAUAUUAUAUAAUAAAAAGAUUUCUGAAAUUAUGUAAACAUUUUUUAUGAAAAUCUGAAAUAAUGAUAACAAUAUUUUACUAUCGGUAAUUACGUAUGUACCUGACAUACGUAAUUACCGAUAGUAAAAUAUAGAAACAGGUAAAUGGAAAGACUUUGAACAUUUCAUUUGAAAAGAAAUAUUAUUACUACAGGUAAGUAUAGGUAUCAUAGGUGCCAACUGCCAACACUCAUAAAUCAAUAUGAAUAUAUAUAUAAGCAUUUAUUAUUUUUAUUUGCAUUUUAUGUUCAUUUAAUGCAUAUUAUUUAAGUGCUUACAUAGAGGUAAACACUAAAUCUAUUCAGAAUAUAUACAGUGUACAUCUUCUACGAUUAAGUAUAAUAAUUAUAACCUCAAAAUCUAAUACAUUCUGUAGUAGGCCACGGUUCCUCAAGUUGUCCGUAUUUUAACAAAUGCAUAAUUAGAGUUUAUGAAUGAUUCCAAACACAACUAGCAUUUUCUCAUUGCUGGGCGUUCUAGGGCAUUCAAUGUAUGGGGAACGAGCAAUGUCCUUUAGACUGUAAAUUAGGAGUAAUUCUUGGUAUUACCCAAGAAUGCAAUCAAUUCUGGUUGCAUUCUGGUCUAAUGCUCGUUAGGUGUGACGCAGUUGUGUGUAACAUUACACGAAACUGCAAGCGAGAUUAAUGCAACAACUGAAUUGAUAAACUUUUUAGGAGAUGAUCUUAAUAAACAUAUUUUUUUGACGUGUAACAUCUUUCCUCUCGCUUUCCUGCAAUUUGUGGGAGUGAUUUCGUGAAAUAGCACGGAAGUGUGUCACGAAAGCGCGCGCUAUUUGAUUUGAUUUUAGAACUUAAUGUUCAAAUGACUCAUUCCUUUUGUAGUAGGUUUUAUUUCUUUUUUUACUAAUAUAAGGUGAGGUUUCAAAUGUUACACAUCAUACGCGACUACUGUAAGACUCGCUCGUUUUUUCUUCUUUAUCAGUGAGUAUUACGCAAGUAACAAGUAUUUGUAACAAUAUCUACUUCAACAACUAAAAAUAACAAUACCGCCUCUGUGACCUACAUCAAUAGAACCCUUACACCUCCGAAUUUCAAUGUUGCGCAACCUCCUACAAUGAUGCAAGGAAGCACGUUGCAUGCACGCCAUAAAUCGCCAAUCAGAACAAUGGGGAAUGAGUGAAAGUGCAACUUAACCACCGGACCGUUCUACCUGGUCUAUUGUUCUCUUGCGAUUGUUUUCAAUAGCAUAGGUCCUUCACGCCACCGGAUUAUACUAGUUAAAUUAAAUCGCAGCAGUCUAUUGUAAUGGUUCUAAUUGACACUGAACCUAAAAUUACAUUUAUAAUUUUUAAUUGAGUCAGGAUUAAAGAUAAUGGAAGUAGUUGAAUUUGUGGGUUAACUACAAUGCGAGGAGAUGGCGCUGCCUUGCAGCUUAAGAAUGGCUAAAAGAAUUUUGACGCGGCCAUCAGGCCUGCGGUAGCAUAAUUGGUCAGUGCAUUCGCUCGGAUAGCGAAGGGUGCGGGUUCGAGUCCAGUCUGCUGCCUGGUCCACGUGGAUUUUUUUCUAGUUAUAUUUUCUUUAUAAUUAAAGUAAUUUAAUUAUAACUUGUAUUUUCAGCGGAGGUGAAAUAGGUCUGCAAUUACUUAGACUAAAAGCAUGAUUAAUGGAAUAGAAUUCAACAUGCUACAAUGAUAGUCUCAGAAGAAAAAAGGGAAUGGAUACUAAAAUACAAAAGACGAUAUUGUGCUGCAUUUUCGUAAUUACGACUGCAUCUAGUGAGAAAUCAGUAUGUCCAGUGCCAGAGAUCAUUUUACCAUGUAUUUGCACAAAUCGGAGCGAGGAUGUUCAAAUAUGGUGCACUCACAGCGACUUAACACAAGUCACGAAAGGCGUUCAAAGUAUAGGAGACUUUGUACAAAACCCGAUAGAUGAACUUAUAAUAGAAAAUAAUUACCUGCCAUCCUUGCCAGGGAAAAUGUUUCAAAAUGUAAAGAUACUUCGACUGAUGCUAAGACACAAUGGUGUUGAACGACUAUCUCCUACCUGGUUGGAAACACAAGAAAUGAAUUUAGUAGAGAUAUUUAUAGUUGAAAAUGAUUUACGAAAUAUACCGGGAGAAAGCCUUAUGAAACUGCAAAAUUUACAAGCAAUAACAAUUCAAUCGCAAAGUCUGAAAAGAUUACCAGUAUUGUCAAACAUGCCAAAACUUAAAUAUAUCAACAUACAAUCAGAGAGCUUGAAUGUAAUGAAUGAACAUACCUUUGAGAAUUUACCAAAUUUGGAGCGACUGUUUAUUAAAGGUAGCCCUAGUCUACGAAUAUUGAAAGAAAACGCCCUAUACAACUUACCAAAGUUGAGAAAAUUGGAAAUAACUAACUGUGGAAUAAAUUUUGUGCACAUGAGAGCAUUGUCGUUACUUCCGGUUUUGAGUGAAUUAUCAUUUAGCGGGAAUAAGAUUUCAGACGCUACUAUGAUAGGAAGAGCAACCAGAGACUUGCCUUUACUGUCUUAUUUAAAUCUUAGCGAUAAUAUGAUAGACAAAUUAAACGAAGCCGCAUUUGUAGAUCAUCCUACGUUAGAAAAAUUGUUACUUUCUAAAAAUAAAAUCAAUAUUAUCCACCAUGGGGCCUUUCACAGAGUUCCAAAGUUACGAGUCGUAGAUCUUAAGUUUAACAAGAUCACUAAGAUCCACCCAGAAUCUUUUCUGCAACAAUCCGGCAGUGGAGUUGAAGAACUAAAUCUAAUUGGAAAUCAAAUAAUGUACAUUUCUGAAUUUCGAGCAUUACUAGACGCUUUACCUCGCUUAAGGUUUUUGGAUUUGAGUGAAAAUUUACUACAGGAAAUCCCAAGAGGAGCAUUAAGAGGACACCCAAGUUUGGAAAGGCUACAUUUGAAUGGAAAUAAUAUUAAAUAUAUCCAAGCUGAUGCAUUUGUUGCGAUGCCCGCUUUGAGAGAACUACACUUAAAAAAUAAUUCUUUAAGUGACAUGAAUGAGGGUCCGUUUUGGAACUUGCCAGCUUUAAAAGGGCUCGAUCUAUCAUUCAAUUAUUUUCAGCGGUUACAACCAAAAAUGUUAUACAAUUUACCGGCUUUGCGCCGCAUCAACUUAAGUAAUAAUCAAAUCAUUACCAUUGACCCCAUAACUUUUAUAGAAUUGCCAUUAUUGGAAUAUAUCAAUAUUUCAAGCAAUGCUUUAGUUUCGAUACAUCCAGCCACCUUUAGAAAUCUGCCAAAUUUAUACGAAGUCGAUGCGAGUGUCAAUAAGUUAAUCGAGUUCGUUCCUGGACUGCCAAGAGGUUUGGAGCAAUUAUAUUUACAAAGGAAUCAAAUAACGAGUUUGCCAGUCCCACCGUCGCCCGAUUUAGAUUUACCUUCCUUGAGGACUUUAGACAUUUCGAAUAAUGGUAUUCAAAAAAUACCUCAUGGAUGCAUGAAAACUUUACACCAUUUGCGAAGAUUAUAUAUGAGACGAAAUGGUUUACGACAAAUUGAAAUAUCAAGUUUUAGUGAUUUAGAACGUUUAGAGAUAUUGGACUUAAGCGACAACCAAAUAUUAACAAUUAAUCCGAAAAGCUUUAAUAAAUUGACUCGUUUAAAAAAAGUAAACUUACACGGUAAUACGAUUGAUAAUUUUGAUUUCAUUGCAAUACAAGAAAAUGCAGCUCUUUCCACGUUAGAUUUUAGCAAAAACAGGCUUAAAAGUAUAAGUCCUAAUAUGGUGAAAAAAGCAAUAGAUGUUGAAAUACUAAACAUUUCUUCAAACAGUUUGAAUGAAUUACCUCCAACAUUAAAUAUGCUUCCGAAAUUAAAAAUAUUGGAUGCCAGCUAUAACAACAUUAAACGGUAUGAUGGUAAUAUAAUUAAUAACGUCCAAACUCUCAAAGAAAUGAGAAUGCCAAACAAUAAAAUUGUUGAGCUGCGUUCUGGAAGCUUUAAAGAUCUUAGAGACUUGGAAGCAAUCGAUUUGGAGAAUAAUCAAAUAGAAAUUGUACACCCGAAAGCAAUCGUUAAUUUACCUAACUUAUCUGCAAUAUACUUAAGUAGAAAUCAUAUUGUUGAUUUACCGGAUGGCGUUUUCGAGAAUCUUCCAAAGUUAAGAAUAAUAGAAUUGCAAGGUAAUAGAUUGCAAUUCAUAUCUUCAAGGGCUUUCGAAAAUAUUCCUCUUGUACAAUAUCUCAACUUGAGCAAUAAUCAACUCACGAAUAUUGAUAACUCAGGGUUGCGGCAAUUAAUGUCCUUGGAAGUACUUGAUCUUAGUUUUAAUAAACUAACUAAAAUCGUUGCAUCGUCCUUUCAAUAUAUGGAAUGGUUAGUUGAAUUGAAUCUUGACAAUAAUUUGAUAUGUCAUAUAGGAGGAAAGCCAUUUGAUUUUAUGCCUCGAUUGAAAGUUCUCUCUCUGCGUUUUAAUAAAUUACCAUCAGUAAACGAGGAUAUAUUUUCAAAACUAAGAAACAACAUAGCUAUCUUGGAUAUUGAUGGUAAUCCCUUAGUAUGCAACUGCGCACUUAUGUGGAUGAAGUUAUGGUUAUCAGAAUCUUCAUCAAUUGGACCAAAAUGUGCAGAUGGGACUUACGUGAAAGGUCUACCAUUCUCAAGAGAAGAGUGUCUGAAAGUGCCUGCUAAUCAAGAGAGCGAUAUGAGAAGCUGUGUCACUAUAGAAAAUGAUGCAUUACUACCAAGCCUAGCAACUUCACAAGUAUUUUCUUCAUUGGAUAAAAUUAAAGACUAUACUGCGCAAAUAAAAAAUAAUUAUCAUGUUAAUAAAAUACCUAAUAGACCUGCGCCUGAAGAAUCAGAAUAUUUCUAUGAGGACUAUGUGGAUUAUCCAUAUAAUGAGACAUUAGUUGAUACCCUCAAUAAUGACAUUCGCCUUUUGCAAAACAAUCAUAAUAAAUCUCAACAACUCGACACAGUGGGAGUUGCUCCUACUGUCCAUAUUGACCUUAAGAAUACGACAAUAACAUAUAACAAAACUACAGACACAAAACAGCCGGCAAGUGGUUUUACAUUUUUUGGCAUGCCCCUUCCCCCUUUAGAUGUUGGUAAGUUAUUGAACAGUGGCCGUAAAGUAGACUGGGCCAAUAGUAAAAAUACUCAACAUACUAAUAGAAACUACCCAACUCCAGCACCACCGAAAUUUGAAACAGGUGGUUUCGCUCCCGUUCUUCCGACAACUAGUGGAGGAUUUAAACCUAUACCUAAUCCUGUAUUGAAUGUAUCUCAUACAAUUGUCGUUGAUCAAGGUGUCGCGAAUUAUUCUUCAGCUGGCAAUAUGGAGCACACUUUAUCAAUAGCUGUAACAAAUCCACCAGUAAAAACAGUUCACACUAAUACAACACAUAAAAAGAUGAAAAGUGAAAUUCAUGAACUCCAAGCAUAUCUUGAUGAUGAUAACAGCACACAUGUAGCUUAUAAUAGAACCAAAAAUGUUGAAGAACAGAAAAGUGACCCUAACAAAUUGUCAAAAUAUAAUUUAAUGGAAUCAAAUUUAACAAUAACACAAGUGACUGAAAAAGAAGGUAUUCUUAUUACAACAGACACAAGUAAUGAUAUGUCCCUACAAGCAUGGAUGGAAUCAAGUACUAAUUCUUAUUCUAUUUCUACAUCUGUGACUUCAAAACCACCAGUAAAGAAACACGUUGACAACCCACAGCCUACUGCUUUAUCUGCUGUCCGUAUGCCAAGCAGUGAACAGCUGUUAGCAAGGAACCAUAGUGCAAGUUCAAGAAGACCUGCUACAAUUACGAAAGUAAAUAUGCCAUUAUUACAGCAAUAUGACAUGCAGAAUCAUGAUUACUCCCCUGUCAUCAACAGAGAAGCAAAGACUAGUUUCACUAACCUACCUACAGUAAAUGCCAAGACCAAACUAGAUGGAAAAGAAUGGUAUUACAAAAAUUACAAUAACUCCAAUUUGGAACCAUAUAUAGCUCCAGAGGUACAUUCUGCAAAAAGUAGUAGCAUGUUAUAUAAAAGCUCCAUAAUAAUAUUGAUUGUACAAUGUAUUUUGGGACUACACAUUUAGGAAGUAAAGAAAUUGUAUCACAAUACAGUAUAGGUAUCAAGUAUUAUUUUUGUAACAUAAUUAAUCAGUAACUUUACCACAUUGGGUCACUGAUAAAAACAGUGGUUGAUAAAUAUUCUAUGAUAAAAAUGUUUAGUAGAACAGUAGAAUAAUUUGUGGUUAAAAAAUAUAUAAAAUAAAAAUAUUGUUAAAUGUAUGUUUUUAUUAUUAUUAUUAACAGUUGAUAAGUAAGGUUGAUAAACAGACAACUCAGAUGGUGUACUGAUGAUUAAUUGUCUAAAUACUGUUUCCACUAUUCCCUUCAAAGCAAAAAGUGAAGUUUAAUGCAACAUACUUAUUUACAGACUUUUAAAUGAAGAGGAUUAUGGAAAGAGAAAGGGUUACACAAUAAAACCGCUGUUUUGAUAUACAUACAUAGUAAUCAAGGGUGGGAUUCAAAAUUUCCUCUUAAAACUAUACAAUAUGGAGCAUUGAUUUACGGAAUGGGGAAGACAAGGUCCCAUCCAUCCUAAAUUCGGACCAGAACAUAAAUAAGUCCCUGUUACCAAAUUCAGUUAUCCAUAAUAUACAGUAUGAGAACUUUUCCUGAGAACCAAAUUAUAAAUCAUUUGAUUUUUCUGUAAAAUACUUCUUUAAUUGUUCUAAAGCCUUGUAUCUAUGUGAAAUAGAAUUUUUUUCUUCCUUUGGUAAUUCUGCAUAAGUUUUAUCAUAUCCAUUAGGUUGGAAAACACAGUCCCAUCCAAAAUCCCUUGUCCCUCUUGGAGGAACUAUUUGUCCUUUAGUUAUUCCUUGAAAUAAUGUAACAUCAAGGUCUUCACAGUUACCUGCACAAUAGGCAAAUGUACACACUGCUUCAGCAGACUUGUCUUCCCAACCCGCAAGGAGUUUCGUUAGACCUUCAGGUUGAAUUUUUUCCAAAAACCAUUUUAUGUAUGGACCCGGCAAACCGUUCAGUGCCGUAAAACAUAAGCUGGUAUCUUCUACUAAUACAGGUGUUCGUAGUCUACGAGCUGCUUCUUGACACUUUUUAAUAGAUACUUCAUUUAUCUCACCUUGUAAUUCCGGUAAAUCUAAAUUGUGGCUGAUAACUUCAAAGGGGAAAUUGUUUCCCAAAAUAGCUCUAACUUCUUCCAACUUUUUUACGUUGCCAGUUACAAAUGUAAGAGUUUUUUGAGCCAUUAUAUAUUUAUUAAAAUUAAGUUGGUUGAUUUCUUUAUAUUUGUACUGCUGCUCGCAGAAGUUUCAAGGCUAAACUAACAAAAAUUUCAGAUUACUUCAGUGAUGGCUUCAAAAACAAGCAAAGAAAGAAAACAUAGUAUGAAACACAGAUCAUUAAAUAAG